UUGAAACACAACUUUCUCAUACAAGUUACUUGAGAUCAUUCUGCAGUACUGUGUGUCUGGAAUAUCAAAAAAGAAACAAUGGGAUUUCGCUUACCUGGUAUCAGAAAAGCUACAAAGGAACCUUCAAAGAAUGAAGUGCCAAAGGGGUAUCUUGCAGUGUAUGUUGGAGAAAAGAUGAAGAGGUUCAUAGUUCCAACAUCAUAUUUGAACCAACCAUCAUUUCAAGACUUGCUGAGUAAAGCAGAAGAAGAAUUUGGUUAUGUUCAUCCAAUGGGUGGCCUCACAUUUUCUUGCACAGAAGACAUGUUCUUAGACAUUGUAUCAGUUCUGGCUUGAUCAUUAUCAGAAAAUUGAGGCUGACAUAACAUAGACUAGUUCAAAUCAAACAAUUUUGUAGAUCAGUUCAAAUCAAACAAUUUUUUCAAGUACAAUUGUAAGCUGAGUAGGUAGGAGGGAGAGUUUGUUUUCACUUUGCUUUCAUGAAAAAGUGGAACAUGUUAAUUAGUCUCAUUCAUUGAUGCAAAGUAUUUGCAUAUAUUGCACACUCACCAUGUUCCUGUUAUGCUUACUUGCC